CACAUAUCAGCACAACCCAGUAUCGGGGAUCAGGAGAUAUCACUUGCCGGUACGCAACGGUGGUAACCGCUUGCGCAAUAGAAACAGACACGACGGCCCUCGCGGACCACGCAGGCAACACUUACCCCUGAUAGGGCCGAACUGCAGCGCCGGAGACACCGCAGGCACCACUCCCCACCAUUUUCAGGCAAGGGGAUGCCCGCGUUGUCUUCCGAAGAUGAGGGGGCCUCAUCCUCUGAAGAGAGGGGGGGCGAGAGGUCUUCCCCGCUCAAGGAAGCUGAAAGCGCGAUAUCAUCCCCGCUGAGGGAACCCGGUGGCGCAACCGCUUCCUCCGAAGAGGGGACCGGGGACGGACUCGGCGAAAAGCCCCCAAAAGGAGGGGACGCAGGAGGAGACGCAGGAGGAGAUGCAGCAGGGGCUGAAGCCUGCUGGCAACGCAGGCAACGGGCACGGUUCUUCUUCUUGCGCCUAUUGGCGCGGCGGAGCGUACGAGCGGCAGCAGAUCGAUGUUUGGCCAUCUGUCGAAUACACCAGUGGAAUCAGCAUACACGCAAGCCCACAAACGAAGCUAAGAAGGAAGCGGGAAAGAGCUUAACGCAGAACACAAUCAUCAGCAGGACAACGGAUGCAACAGCGCCACACCUGAUAGCUCAGGAGACCUCAAAACCACAAGAUACGGGCAACGCAAUGAGCAGAAUAGGAUACUGUGAUCAGAAUGACCUGAACGCGCGGCGUGAUGCGGAAAACGAGGCGCUUACCAUGGGUGUAGGAGAGGUUGGUGAUUGAGAAAAGGAAUGAGGAACAGCGUGUGAGAAAUCGCUGUAUGGCAGGUGACGUCCAACACAAGCGGCGCCUAGGCAACGGAAUCAGUGAAUGGCACAACGCAACCACAACACAACAUCGCCGCCCGAUAUCAAGCAAGUGAAUGGAACCGAGCGUUUCAUACCAUAGGGCGCGCGGCAGGAAUCGGGAUCGGACCCUGUACAACGCAACUAACACCCCUAUACUUCCCGAAAUGGAAAACGUGAGGCUA